GCCGCGGCAGUGGGUGGGUGGACGGAGGCGGCGGGCGGAGCUGUGCGCCCUGAGUGGAGAUGGAGGGUGGGGCGCCUCAGGGCUCGGAGCUAAUGCUUGGCUAUGCGGGGGGCAGCUUGGACAGGGCUGGAGUACCGCAGUUCGGGUGGAGGAUCUGCCUGGCGCACGAGUUUAAAGAGCGGAGGAAGCCGUUCGAAGCGACCGAUGUGUCCCUGUCGCAUAUGAUCGGUCACCUGGGCCUGGGGAUCCGGUAUUUGAAAUGGUGGUACAGAAAAACACGAAUAGAGAAGAAGGCACCCUUUAUUGACUCAUUUAAUUCCAUACCUUUGCGACAGAUUUAUGGGGCUCCAUUAGGUGGUUUUGGAGGAGGCACCAUUACAAGAGGGUGGCGAGGAGAGUUUUGCAGAUGGCAGCUAAACCCAGGAAUGUAUACAUAUGACACUGUGAUUGAGAAUCAGUUUACAGUUUGCUUAAGAAAAAAUGGAAAUACUGUUUAUCAGCAAGUUCUUUCUGUUGAGAGGCCACACAAGCUUCAGAGUUGGAAUUGGGGAUACUGUGGAGAGUAUGCUUAUUACCAUGCCCUUUAUCCACGUGCCUGGACAAUCUACAAUCUUCCUGGUCAAAAUGUCACUCUAAUAUGUCGGCAGAUAUCUCCAAUUAUUCCUCACAAUUAUAAGGACACUAGUCUGCCAGUUGGGGUCUUUGUAUGGGAAAUUGAAAACCAAAAUGAACAUGACCUGGAAGUCUCUCUUAUGUUUACGCUGAGAAAUGGUACUGGGACCAAGGAUGAUCAGAGAGGAGGACACUGGAAUGAACCAUUCCAUUUGGAUAAAGAAGACGAAUGCAUUUCAGGAGUAUUGUUGCAUCACUGCACCCCUGUAAAUAGCUAUACAAUGGCAAUUUCAGCGAAACAAGCACAAAAUGUAAAGAUUAGUCAUCAGACUGAUUUUAACCCAAAUGGCAUGGGACAAGAAAUCUGGAAAGAUUUGCUUCAUGAUGGGAAAUUGGAUUCCCUACCAGGAAAAAGUAAACCAACAGAAAAAGGACAAGUUACUGCAGCAGCUGUUGCAGCUACCUGCACUGUUCCAGCCAAAAACCAAGCUGUUGUGGAGUUUUGUCUUGCGUGGGAUAUGCCCAAGAUCUAUUUUGGAUCAAAGGAAAAGGAACAUGCAAGAUGGUACACCCGCUAUUUUGGGACACAAGGUGAAGCCGCUCCUGCUUUAAGUCACUACUCCUUAACACACUACAAACAAUGGGAACAAAAGAUUCAUGACUGGCAAAGUCCAAUUUUAAACAAUUGCCAAUUACCUGACUGGUACAAAUCAGCCCUGUUCAAUGAACUCUAUUUUUUGUCUGAUGGAGGGACCAUCUGGAUACAGGUACCUGAUGAUUUAAGUAUAACAAGUGAUAGUCAGAAGGCUGGAUUUCCACCUCUACCCAACGUGCUGAAAGAAUUUGGGCGAUUUGCAUAUUUGGAAGGACAAGAAUAUCGAAUGUACAAUACAUAUGAUGUUCAUUUUUAUGCAUCAUUUGCACUAAUCAUGCUUUGGCCUAAACUCGAACUUAGUCUCCAAUAUGAUAUUGCUGCUGCUGUAUUGAAAGAGGAUUGCACACAACGGAUACACCUAAUGAAUGGAAGAUUAGCAAAGGUGAAUACACUAAAUGUAGUCCCACACGAUAUAGGAGAUCCAGAUGAUGAACCCUGGGAAAGAGUAAAUGCUUACUUGAUUCAUGACACAGCUGACUGGAAAGAUCUCAACCUGAAAUUUGUUCUGCAAGUUUAUAGAGACUACUAUCUAACUAAUGACAGCACUUACCUUGAAGACAUGUGGUCUGCCUGCCAGGCUGUCAUGGAGUCCGAAUUAAAGUUUGAUACUGAUGGAGAUGGACUUAUUGAAAACUCUGGCUAUGCAGACCAGACAUAUGAUGGAUGGGCUGUAACAGGGCCAAGUGCCUACUGUGGAGGUCUCUGGCUGGCAUCUGUUUGUGUUAUGUGCAAGAUGGCUGAGAUCCUGAAAAAGGAUAGUGAAUAUGAAAAAUACCAAGACAUUCUAAGAAGAGGAAAAGAAGCAUUUGAGAGGAUACUAUGGAAUGGUAAAUACUAUAAUUAUGACAGCAGUAAAAAGAGCUACUCAAACAGUGUGAUGUCAGACCAAUGUGCUGGGCAGUGGUUUAUACGUGCCUGUGGCCUAGGAGACGGUGAAUAUGAGGUAUUUCCAAAAUCUCAAAUAGUAUGUGCAUUGAAGACAAUUUUUGAUUUAAAUGUAAUGAGUUUUGCCAAAGGAUCCAUGGGAGCAGUAAAUGGAAUGAGGCCUGAUGGUACAAUAGAUACAUCCAGUGUCCAGUCAGAUGAGGUUUGGACUGGGGUGGUCUAUGGAUUGGCAGCUACUAUGAUACAAGAGGGGCUUUUUGAUGAAGGUUUCAAGACUGCAGAAGGUGCUUACAGGACAGUAUGGGAACGGCUUGGCAUGUCUUUUCAGACUCCAGAAGCUUACUGUGAAAAGAACAUUUAUCGUUCGCUGGCAUAUAUGAGACCUCUGAGCAUUUGGAGCAUGCAAUUGGCACUAGACAAAAUGCAUAGUCAAAUCAAUUGAUUCCUUGGUUAGCUUCUGAUGAUUCUGGUUAUUUUGAGGUCAUUCCUUAUUUUAUUCUUUCGCUUUUUUUAUUGAGUAAUGUACCACUGUACCUCCAACAUAAUUACCACUGUUAUAUUGCUUUAUAAUGUGUUAAUCUAUUUAAAGGUAAAUGGAUACCAUUUGGGUGAUUAACUCUAAGGACAUUUAGGAGUAAAAAUUCAUUGAGACGGCUUGAUUGCCUGACUUUAAAUUAUAUUAGAUAUCUUUAAAAGUACCAACACAUCGCUGACCUUUCAUACCUAAGUAUUGGCAUAGUAGUAAAGAAGUGCAACUGAACUCUAAUUGUAAUGUAGAGUAACAGACAAGUUAAAAUAUUCAAAACCAAAGAACAUUCUCAAAUUUACUGUGUAGGCUUUUGACAUUUAGCCUUUCAAUCAGCUCUGAUAAUUGUAAAACCAAGUGCUAAUGUUAACUGUUGUAAUAAUUUGGGCAUUAAACAACUAUUGUAGAAUGGCAGGUUAAUAUUACUGUUUGGGUUGCUUUCAGGUGUAAAGUGUCAAUGAUAAUAGUUGAUGAUCAUCUUUACAUAUUUUACUAUAUUUCAUUUCUGGAAGGCUUUGCUUUGAGCUUCAUCAAAAUUGAAAUAUGUAAUAACUGAAUAUGGAAGGACUGGAACAGCUUUUUUGCACAUUUAUUUAUACAAUCAAAGUAGGUUUAAAUGUCUAAAUGGUUGUGAAUAUGUUAAUUUGAAAUACUUCUCAGCAAAUUUUCCUGGUGUAACUGAAGUUUGAAAUAAGGCAUUUUUAAUUUUAGAAAUACCUUUGUAUACAUGACAGAUUCUUAACAUCAAGAUGAAUACCUCUGAUCUAAAUCUGCAAAGAAUAAAUUUAUUUGUACAUUUUGAUUGUUUAUAUA